GUGGGGCUGGGCCUGAGGGAGGCGGGGGAACCGGUGCCCGACGCCGCGGCCGCUCCAGUCUGCUCCGUGCGGCCGUCGCGGGCCCCGCUUCAGCCAUGAUGAUCCACGGCUUCCAGAGCAGCCACCAGGACUUCGCCUUCGGGCCCUGGAAGGUGACAGCUGCCAAGACCCACAUCAUGAAGUCGGCGGAUGUGGAGAAGUUAGCUGAGGAAUUGCACAUGCCGUCUCUCCCUGAAAUGAUGUUUGGAGACAACGUUCUGCGAAUCCAGCAUUGCUCUGGCUUUGGAAUUGAGUUCAAUGCUACAGAUGCCUUAAGAUGUGUAAACAACUACCAAGGAAUGCUUAAGGUGGCCUGUGCCGAAGAGUGGCAGGAAAGCAGGACGGAGGGUGAACACUCUAAAGAAGUUAUUAAACCGUAUGAUUGGACGUAUACAACAGAUUAUAAGGGAACAUUACUUGGAGAAAAACUUAAGUUAAAGGUUGUACCUACAACAGAUCAUAUAGACACGGAGAAAUUGAAAGCUAGAGAACAAAUUAAGUUUUUUGAAGAAGUUCUCCUGUUCGAGGAUGAAUUGCAUGAUCAUGGAGUUUCAAGCCUGAGUGUGAAAAUUAUGUAUUCACUCACCCACUCAUCCAGUCACCUACCUUUCCACUUUUCUGCCCACCUACUGAAUUGAGUCUAAUGAAUGCUCGCUCUGAGUUUGCAUAUCUCAGUGUGCAUUUGUACCCAGGUGGGUGGCUGUAUAGAUGAUGUCUGUUAAGUGGGUGAUAGGUAUGGGGGAGCAAAUGUGUUUUUGUGGAGGAAGAAGAUGGAGAGGGAAUGGACAUAAAUGCAUUAUGUGUGAGUCAGAAAGUCUCAAACUGAAGGGUAGUAUCGUCUUAAAAUGUGCUUACUUAUUCCCUAGUUUACCUUAAGAAUGCCCAGAAGGAUUUUAUUAGAAUUGUGUCCUUUCUAACAAUGUACCAGAUAGUGCUUUAAAUAAAAUAAAUGUCACAGUUUCUGGCCUAGAGUCAAUGGGUGUGGACAAAUGAAGUUCCCUUCUAUACAAGCAAGGACUGGCUUAGUAAAUAUGAGCGUCAGCUGGAAACUAGGAAUGUGGUACCUGGGAAGCUCAGGGAGAAGUUGAUAAGAAGGAGAGCAUAAAGGUCAGUACCAGGCUGUACAGAAAGAAGGCUUGUAAGCUUGGAAUGGGAUGGUUCUCACUGGACUAAAAAAUAAGCUAAAAAUUGUUUUUUGGUUUUACACUUAAGAUAUUGUUACUGACUUUGGCAGAGCAGUUUAAGUUACACGGUUAGAGGAUGAAUAAGCGAUGUGGAGGUAGAGAGAAAGUGUAGGUGUAGACCAGCCAUUCAGAAAAAGCUAGAAGAAGAAACAGACAUGGCUAAGAGAGGACCAGAGGUUGGCAGAGCUGUCUGCAUGUGGUUUUGUUAUUUUAAUAAGGGGAAGACUUUAGUACAUUUAUGCGCUCUCUGGAAGGAGCCACUCUAGAGAGCGGGGAAGGUGAAUGCAGUCAGGUCUCAGGCGAGGAAGAGGAAGUCUUUGAGCCUUUACUACAUGUGAGGCACUGUACUAGAUACUGAGGAGCCCUGGCGGCACCAUGGUUAAAGUGCUUGGCUGCUAACCGAAAUUUCAACCAUUUGAAGCCACCAGCCGCUCUGCAGGAGAAAGACAUGGCAGUCUGCUUCCGUAAUGAUUACAGCCUUGGAAACCCUGUGAGGCAGUUCUGCUCUGUCCUACAGGGUCACUGUGAGCUAGAAUUGACUCAACAGCAGUGGGUUUGGUUUUUGGUUGGUGCUAAAUACUUAACUACAUUACCUUGUUUAAUCCUCAUCGACAUUCUAUGUAGUGAAUAUCUUUGUCUGUAUUUUACAGAGUAAGGAGAUAUUAAGUAACUUGCCCAAGAUCACAAAGGGAAUCAGUUUGACCCUCUGUCCCUGCUCAUAUGCCUAGGAUCUAGAUCUUGGUAAAGGGAUUAGCCUAAGACGGGAAAAGAGGAAGAUACUUCUUCCAUGAUGACAGGAGGAAAGGAACAGAAUGUAGGUAAAUGUGCUUCUGCCACAGUGCUUCCGAAACCUGCAGUUUUUCAGAAUUACCUAGAUGAGAGAUUUCGUUGUUUAACACUAUGUGGCAAGGGGUAUUUUUUAUUUGACUCCACGUGGCACUCUUGCUAUAUGUUUGUUGGCUGGAAAGAUGGAAAGACACAUGUAGGGAUAGAGGCCAGCAAAGGCUUCUUAGAGGAGGUAGUGCCUGAUGGACAUUUCAGGUGUGUAAGUCUCCCCCCGAGCCAGACUGGGAAGGCGCCUGGUGUUAGAAUAAGGUGAUCAUUGAUGUGUUUCCUGAGCUUGAGGUUUCUGAGAGCUGCUAAUCAAUUCAACCUGUCAUAGUACUGGCCACCAUUAGAAAAUGAAGUAUGGCGGUCAUCUCCAAAGCCCUUGCCAGCCGCUUUCUACUUAGAGCUCUCUUCAGGAGGUCAUUCACCUUUUUUUCUAGAGCUUUUCUUGACUUAAAAUCUAUGUUUUCCCAGUUAGUUUCAAAUAAAAUCUAUACCACCACAGAAUGCUUUUAGUUAGCAAAACUUUCCAAGAAACCUCUAAAAAAAAGUAUUUAUUUUUAAGGACUACCUUGUAUUUUUUUAUCGCUAAAAGUUUGAUUGGGAAUAUGUACAGAAAUGAGUUUUUUCUUAUUUAUCACAUGUGGGUGCCCCCCCGCCCCUUUGCAUCACCUCACUUUGAAAAUGGUCUUGGAACCCUCUGAGGGUGACAGGAGUGUCGUGUUUUUACUGUGUUUUAACCUUGGCUGGAAAACUGCCAAAGAUUUUUUCCUAAAAGAAUUGAAUUGGUUUAGAAUUAGAAGAAUGGUUGUUUAUGAUUACAUAAUGAUUACAAAGUACUCUGAAAAGAAAUGCUGUUGUAACAUGAAAGCUGCUUAUGUAAACAAGUGUCUUACUUCAGAUUCCUGGUAUUGUUGGAUAGAGCCCCUUAGGUUCCUGUUAACUUACUGGACUCUUUCGUUGUUUCAAAGCGGCUUUCCCACCUUAUGUUUUCAAUUCCAAACCUAGGCAAUUGAUAUUUUAAAAAAUCACGACUUUCUUGUAGUGCGAUCCCACAAGGAGAAAGAGUAGAUUUAGGGUUUUAUGCACAGUGAGGCUUGGGGUGUCUUGGAUUUGUUUCAUGAGUUUACCAUGAACUUUGAUAACUUUGUGUGAGUGGCAUUACCUGUAUCUAAUUGGAAGAUACUUAUUUCAGAAAUUAAUUUUCCUUUUGCAUUUUAAAUUAAUUUCUCCUAGUAAUGUUUGUUUCUAGGUUAGAAUUUUGUGACCCUAACAUUUUCCUGUUCCUGAUAGGGCUUACCACUUUCAGGGCUGUGCUCUAGUAACGUCUUCAAAGAGGAUUGGUUUCAUGCUAAGUAUGUUAGUCUUUAACUUUCAAAGAAAGUUUUCUGUCUGCCCAAUACUGGCAGUGCUGUGGUGUUCUGUAAUGGCUUUUACAGCUAAUGGUUAAUUCCUUUCUGACCUGAGUCAGGAACGAAUGUUGCUGCCCUUCUGCUUUCACGCUUUACCCAGAUUCUGAGUGUGCUGGGCAGGAGUAUACCCGUCCUCUCCGUGGUACCUAGAGUCCUGUAAUACCUGUGCGUGGGUAGCUUUUGUUAGAAACGUAGUUAUAUAAAAAAAAAUAUAGAAUUGUCAAAUUUUACAAAGAGACAGGGCCUGAGAGAUUAUUUCUCCACAUCCUCCUUUUUUUUAUAGAUGAGUAAUUUGAGACCUUGACUGGUUCAGUAAAUUGCUCUAAGUUUGUGAUUCUCUGUUUUAGCAGACUCGUUGCUCUGUUUUUUAUUUUACCAAAUACUUGAAGGCUCCCCUUUUACUACCCCGAAAUGAAAUUCAUAGAAUAUGUAACCUACCUACUUUCUAAAAAAUUAUCAUAAUGUCCUAAUUAUAAAACAAAAGGAAAUUAUUUAGAAUAAAUGGUAUGUAUUUCAAUAUGUAAAUGGCUGAUAGAACUUAACAAGAGACACAGUGAAGUAGGCGAUACUUGUAUUUGCACAUUAAGCCACUGUGAAUGUGACAGAUACAAGUACAGAUGGACAGGGAUGUUAGGUACCAGGCAGUGACCGAGAUGACACAUGUGGCGCUGCCAUCGGGGAUGUAAUUUUCCACUGUGUUAAAUAACUCUUAAUGAAGUUCUAAACAAAACAAAAUAUAUAAUCUUCCCUUGAUUUACAAGGUUAGUUGCAUUACUGGAUAAUGAGUAAAUUUUGUAUUUCCAGUUGUGCGUUGCUUAAUGUCCGCAAUAUGUUCCGUGAAAUGGGACGUUUUACGUUAUUUGGACGUUGUGCGUUCACUUCCAGAAUAAGUAGGUUUCAUCCUUAUUAAAAAUUUGCUAGGGCAAAUAGCCUCCUUCUACAAUUAGUUUAUCUAAGAUUUCAACAAAUUGUUCUCCUGCCUUCUUAUCAGCACUCGCAGAGUCAUCACUCACUUUGAUAUUAUGCAGUAAAAAAUGUUCUUUGAAGUGCUUGAACCACCCAGAGCUAGUUCUAAACUCAGUAUUAUAGUCUGGUCCUGCUCUUUCUUUAAGCAUCUCAAACAGCUCGAUGCAUUAGUAGUGAUCAUCAACAUGUUGAGAGGAAUUUUUCUUUUGUGUUUGGUCCCCAGUCCACAUCAUUAGCAGUUUAUCCAUAUCUUGCAUUUUUGUUAGCCUUCAGUGGAGCUCAUCCCUUAACACUUUGGAGAAUUUUUUCUUUGUUUUUGAGGGUCGUCAAGAUUGUCCAGUGCGAUAUAUGCAACAUGCUUAAAUUUCCUACGUUUCACUCUCUAGUUGGGAUUUCUGAAUUCUUUCAUAACCUUGUGGGACCACGGACACAUAUGUGGUCAGAUGUUGCCCAAACAUGUAUGUGGUACAUGACUAUAUGUGUAAGAUGGAAUUAGGCUCUAGGGUCAGAUAAUUAUAAAUACGGUUUUUAUCUGCAUUAAUACUAGGGUAUAUGUUUGGAAAGUUUGUGAGGCUUUGUCGUAUAAGGUCAUCCUUUGCAUUACAGAACUUACCAACUAAAUACCAGCUUGUUGUUAUGACAACUAAAUAUUAUCCCACAAAUUUCCAAUCAUUCCAUGGAGGCAGUACUGAACAAUAAAAAACUGUUGUUGUUAGGUGCCAUCGUGUCUGUUCCGACUCAUAGUGACCCUAUUGUAUAACAGAAUGAAACACUGCCCAAUCCUGUGCCACCCUCACAAUCGUUGUAAUGCUUGAGCCCAUUCUUGCAGCCACCGUGUCAGUCCAUCUCAUUGACAGUCUUCCUCUUUUUCGCUGACCCUCUACUUUACCAAGCAUGAAGUCCUUCUCCAGGGACUGGUCCCUCCUGAUAACAUGUGAGAUGAAGUGGUGCCAUCCUUGCUUCUAAGGAGCAUUCUGGCUAUACUACUUCCAAGACAGAUACAUUUGUUCUUUUGGCAGUCUAUGGUAGAUCCAAUAUUCUUUGCCAGCACCAUAAUUGAAAGGCAUCAGUUCUUCUAAGGUCCUCCUUGUUCACUGUCCAGCUUUUGCAUGCAUAUGAGGCAGUUGAAAAUACCAUGGCUUGGUCAGCUGUAACUUAGUCCCCAAAAUAACAUCUUUGCUUUUUAACACUUUAAAGAGAUGUUUUGCAAAAGAUUUGGCCAAUGCAAUACAUCAUUUGAUUUCUCGACUACUGCCUCCAUGGGCAUUGAUUGUGGAUUCAAACCCGUUGCCAUUGAGUCGAUUCUGACUCAUAAUGACCCUAUAGGACAGAGUAGAACUGCCCCAUAUGGUUUCCAAGGAGCGCCUGGUGAAUUCGAACCGCCAACCUUGUGGUUAGUAGCUGUAGCUCUUAACCACUAUGCCACCAGGGUUUCCAGAAGAAAGGCUUCCUUGACCCAAUCCAAGUGAAAAGAAAUUCUUGACAACUUCAGUCUUUUCUCCAUUUAUCAUGAUGUUGCUUAUUGGUCCAGUUGUGAGGAUUCUUGUUUUCUUUAUGUUGAGGUGCAAUCCAUCCUGAAGGCUGUAGUCUUUGAUCUUCAUCAGUAAGUGCUUCAAGUCCUCUUCAUUUUCAGCAGGCAAGGUUGUAUCAUCUGUGACUCAUCUUGUUAAUGAGUCUUCCUCCUAUCCUGAUGCCACAUUCUUCUUCAUAUAGUGCAGCUUCUCAGAUUAUUUGCCCAGCAUACAGGUUAAACAAGUAUGGUGAAAGGAUACAACCCUGAUGUGCACACCUUUCUUAACUUAAACCAUGCAGUAUCCCCUUGUUCUGUUUGAAUGACUGCCUCUUGGUCUGUGUACAGGUUCCUCAUGAGCACAAUUAAGUGUUCUGAAAUUCCCAUUCUUUGCAUAAUUGUUAUCCAUGCAGCCAAAUGCCUUUGCAUAGUCAAUAAAACCCAGGUGAACGUCUCUCUGGUAUUCUCUGUGCUUUCAGCCAAGAUCCAUCUGACAUCAGCAAUGAUAUCCCCCAUUCUGCAUCCUCUUCUGAACCCAGCUUGAACUUCUGGUGGUUACCUGUCCAUGUACUGCUGGAACCCCUUUUAAAUGAUCUUUAGCAAAAUUUUACUUGCAUAUGAUAUUAAUAAUAUUGUUCGAUAAUUUCUGCAUUUGUUUGGAUCACCUUUCUUUCAAGUAGAAACAAAUAUGGAUCUCUUCCAGUCAGUUGGCCAGGAAGCUGUCAUCCAUAUUUCUUGACAUAGAUAAGUGAGCACCUCCAGCGCUGCGUCUGUUUUUUUUACCAUCUCAGUUGGUGUUCCAUCAAUUCCUGUAGCUUUGUGUUUCGUCAGUGCCUUCAGUGCAGCUUGAACUUCUUCCUUCAGUACCAUCGGUUCUUCUUCAUAUGCUACUUACUGAAAUGAUUGAUUGUUGACCAAUUUUUUUUGGUAUGGCGACUCUGUGUAUUUCUUCCAUCUUCUUUUGAUGUUUCCUGCAUCAUUCAGUAUUUCCCCCGUAUAAUCCUUUGAUAUUACAACUCGAGGCUUGAAUUUUUUCUUCAGUUCCUUCAGCUUGGGAAAUGCUGAGCAUGUUCUUCCCUUUUGGUUUUCUAACUCCAGGUCUUUGCAUGUUUCAUUAUAAAGCUACCUUUUGAAAUCUUCUGUUUAGCUCUUUCACUUCAUCAUUUCAUCCAUUCUCUUUAGCUGCUCUAUGUUCAAGAGCAAGUUUCAGAGUCUCUCUUGACAUCCAUUUUGGUCUUUUCUUUCUUUUUAAUGACUUCUUGCUUUCUUCACAUAUGAUGUCCUUGCACAACUGAUCUGGUCUUCGGUCAUUAGUGUUCAGUGUGCCAAAUCUAUUCUUGAGAUGGCCUCCAAAUUCAGGUGGGAUAUACUCAAGGUCAUAUUUUGGCUCUCUUGGACUUGCUCUAAUUUUCUUCAGCUUUAACUUGAAUUUGUAUAUGAGCAGUUGAUGGUCUGUUCCACAGUCUGUCCCUGGCCUUGUUCUGACUAGUGAUACUGAGCUUCUCCAUCGUCUCUGUCCACAGAUAUAGUCAAUUUGAUUCCUGUGUAUUGCACCUGGCGAGGUCCAUGUGUAUAGUCGCCAUUUAUGUUGUUGAAAAAAGAUAUUUGCAAUGAAUAAGUCAUUGGUCUUGCAAAAUUCCGUCAUGUGAUCUCUGGUGACGUUUCCGUCACCAAGGCCAUACUUUACAACUACUGAUCCUUCUUCUUUGUUUCCAACUUACACAUUCCAAUCACCCGUAAUUAUCAAUGCAUCUUGAAUGCUUGUUUGAUCAGUUUCAGACUGCAGAAGUUGGUAAACUUCAGUUUCCUAAUCUUUGGCCUUAGUGGUUGGUGUGUAAAUUUGAAUAAUAGUCGUAUUAAUUGGUCUUCCUUGUAGGCAUGCAGAUAUUAUCCUAUCCCUGACAGCAUUGUACUUCAGGGUAGAUCUUUACAUGUUCUUUAUGACAACAAAUGUGACACCUUUCCUCUUCUAGAUGUCAUUGCUGGCGUAGUAGACCCUAUGAUUGUCCAAUUCAUGAUGGUCAAUACCAGUCCAUUUGAGCUCACUAAUGCCUAGGAUAUCAAUCUUUAUGUGGUCCAUUUCAUUUUUGAUGACUUCAAUUUUCCUAGAUUCAUACUUUGUACCUCCCAGGUUCUGAUUGUUAAUGGAUGUUUGCAGCUGUUUCUUCUCAUUUUGAGUCAUGCCACAUCGGCAAAUGAAGGUCCCAUUUACGUUUACAUCAUUAAUCUCAACUCUGCUUUGAGGAUGCAGCUCUUUCCAGGUAUAUUUUGAGUGCCUUCUUCCGGCUGAGGGCUCGUCUUCUGGCACUAUAUCAGAAAAUGUUCUGCUGCUAUUCAUAAGAUUUUCCCUGGCCAGUGUUUUCAGAAGUAGACUGCCAGGUCCUUCUUCCUGGUCUGUCUUAGUCUGGAAGCUCGGCUGAAACCUGUUCCACCAUGGGUGACCCUGCUGGUAAUACCAGUGGCAGAGCUUCCAGCAUCACGGCAACACAUGAGCCACCAUAGUAUGACAAACUGACAGACGUGGGGAGUAGAAGAAUACUACCCUCAGAUACACAGUUGAACUAUGGUAGAAUUGGGACUAGAACUCAGAUCUCCUAAUUCCUAGAUUUUCCCCUGUGCUAUGCUGAAAUGAUGGUUCUGCUUUACAAUAUUGCUGCCUACAUUGUGCCCAGUGCAAUUGUUAGUUACUGAUAUUGAAAUUCGAAGAAAUGUUGUAAGUCAGUCUUUCUCAAAAAUUAUAAAUAGCACAGUGUCAGGGGCUUCCCAAUCAGUUUAUUGUGACCUAUUAAGUCUGUCUCACUGGUUGAUAAAGUUCCUGAACACUGGGAUUGUCUGUUUUCAUUUCUAUAGAUCCAAGACCUGCUAUAGUAAGAACUUGACAGUUAGAAAAUAAGUAUUUAUGUAGUAAUUGGUCAGGUAUAUUCUCUUUAAAGACCUAAAUAGCCCACACCUUACCCAGCCCUACCACCAGGACCCACCUUCUUACUAUCUCCACCAUCUCUGGCUUUCUUCGGUGGUUAUCCUUGGAGAACACAGAAAUUCGUAGAUACAGUAUAGAUAAAAGUUGUUAAGGACAUAUUAUGAUGUUCUGAUAAACCAGUCUUUGACCAGAGGAAAUAGUGCCUAAUCAGUUGCACUGAAUCAGAACGUAACCAUUUAAGGCCUCUAAUCGUUACUCUGUGUAAAGUGAAUAAAAGUUGAGUAGCAGCAGAGGACCCAGUUGUUCUUUCAUUUUGGCAUUUCUGGUGUUGAAAUUUUCUAUUAGUACUACUGUUUAAAAAAAAAUCUUGGCUAAUUAUUGUUUUUAGUUUUAGUUUUCUUGUUUGUUUUUUGGUGGUAAAAUAUGUAUCAACAAAAAAGUUGCUGUUUCAACCAGUCUUAAAAUUUAGUGACAUUAAUCAUAUUCACCAUGCUGGGCAACCAUCACCAUUAUUCAUUUCCCCCCCAAAAUUUUUAUCACCCCCCCAAAAAAACUUAGUAUCUCUUAAGCUGUAACUCCCCAGCCCCUGGUCACCAUUGAUAAAAUUUUGUCUCGAUGCAUUUCCUGUUCUAGAUAUUUCGUAUAAGUGGAAUCACAGUAUUUGUCCUAUUGAGUCUGACUUAAUUCACUUUAGCAUAAUAUUUUCAGGGUUCACCCAUGUGUAGCAUGUAUGAAAACUUUAUUUCUCUUUAGGCUGAAUAAUACUCCGUUGUAUGUAUGUACCACAUUUCGUGUAUUCAUUCAUCUGUUGAUGGACAUUUGGGUUAUUUCCACCUUUGGGCUAUUGUAAAUAAUACUGCAUUGAACGUUGAUGUACAGGUAUCUGUUUGAGUCUCUCCUUUCAAGUCAUUUGGGUCUAUACGUGGGAGUGGAAUUUCUAAGUCAUAUGAUAAUUCUAUGUUUAAUUUUUUGAGGAACCUCCAAACUGUUUUCCAUACCAGCUGCACCACUUUACAUUCCCACGAGCAAGCAAUGAGAGUUCCGUUUUCUCCACAUCCUCUCCAGCACUUGCUAUCUACCAUAUUUUGUGGUAGUAGCCAUCCUGGUAGGAGUGAAGUGGGAUCUCACUGUGGUUUGAUUUGCAUCUACUUUUUUAAUGACUGAUGACACUGAGCAUCUUUUCAUGUGCUUCUUGGCCAUUCAUAUAUCUUCUCUGAAGAAAUACCUAUUUAAGUCCUUAGCCAUUUUUAAAUUGAGGUAGGAGUUCUUUAUAUAUUCUGGAUAUUAAACCCUUAUUGGAUAUAUGGUUCCCAAAUAUUUUCUCCCAGUCUGUAGGUUGACUCUUCACGAUGCACAAAAGUUCUUAUUUUGAUGAAGUCCGUCUUACCUGUUUUGUCCUUUGUUGCUCAUGCCUUUUUAAAAAUGAGCAUUAUAAUUUUCAUGUUACUUGGGUAUAUUUUAAGUCUUUCUAACCUCAAUAUCUUUUGAUGUAGAAAAACAUUUUUCUGUUGUAGGAAACUGACACUAGAAUGUUAAAUAAUUUGUACAAGAUUUUCUUAAACCCUCAAAGAAGUAUUGUUGUUAGUUUCUGACUAACUGGCAACCCCAUGUGUGCAGAGUAGAACUGCCCCAUAGGGCGUCCAAGGCUGUGCGGUGCCUCUGAGGUGCCUCUGGGCGGGUUCAAACCACCAACUUUUCGGCUAGUAGUUGAAUGCCACCCAGGAAAUCCCUGCACAAGGUUUUGAAACUUAGUUGGAGCUGGGACAAAGAACCUCUUAAUUCAGAGACUUUUAUAUACUGCUAACCAACCCUCAAGGUUUUUUUUUUUUAACCCUUAAUUUUUAUUUUAGCAAAGUACUAAAAUAUUUAGUCUUCACUAAAAUGUCAAUAAUGUACUUUUUUUCAGAGAGUAAUGCCUUCUAGCUUUUUCCUGUUGUUGCGGUUUUUCUUGAGAAUUGAUGGGGUGCUUAUUAGGAUGAAUGACACCAGACUUUACCAUGAG